AGUUUGAUUUUGUUAUUUCAGAUAUUUAGAAUCUCUAAAGGAACUUUGUUAGAAGAUGUCAGGAAGGGGAAAGGGAGGGAAGGGAUUGGGAAAGGGAGGAGCCAAGAGGCACAGGAAGGUGCUUAGGGAUAACAUCCAAGGUAUAACCAAGCCUGCUAUUCGUCGUCUUGCUCGUCGAGGUGGCGUCAAGCGUAUAAGCGGUUUGAUCUACGAGGAGACCAGAGGAGUCCUCAAGAUCUUCCUCGAGAAUGUCAUUCGUGAUGCUGUUACCUACACAGAGCACGCCAGGAGGAAGACUGUCACUGCUAUGGAUGUUGUUUAUGCCUUGAAGAGGCAAGGUCGCACUCUCUACGGUUUCGGCGGUUAAAUUGAGGGAGAUUGGAUUAGGGAUUCUAAUCAAUAUGAUUAGUAAAAGUAAAUCCUGGUGUUAGCUAUUGUUGGUUUUGCUAUUGUGCUGUUCCUCGUCGUUAGGCAAUGUUUUCAUGUAGCUUAGAAAAUCUUCAAAUGAAAGUUAGAUUUAUCCCAAGUUCAAGUUCAUGUUCAUUAUGUAUCCCAAACGGGUUAUUUUAUCCUUUGUUAUAAAUAACCAUGUGCAACACAUUUUCUAGUU